UUUCACUCGUGUCCACUGUUCGGAGAUUUCCGUUGCAAUGCUAUGAAGUUUUUCCAGAAAUCGACGAUUGCGCUGGCUCUGUUCAUAGCCAUUACAGUGCCCCUGGCUUUUUAUCAGGUCAGAUUCUCACCCCUAGAGAAGCUUCACAUCGACGGGGCCACAAAUCAUUCAGCGGCAGCGAACAGGCAGGCGACAAAUUCUUCUAAACCGACCUAUCACAGUUACCCUGUGUUUCUAAGCGUUGCAUUCAGAGGUCGCCUUGGCAACCAGAUGUUUGAGUACGCUGCCAUGCUGGGCUUAGCUCGUCAGCAAGGCCGUAUCCCUGUCCUCCAGGCAAAGACCAGUUUGCUGCAGCAGGCUUUCAACAUCAACAAAGCCAGACCACUGAACAGUUCAAUCCGUUUGGAUGGAUGGCAGUCGUUUACAGAAGCCCAUUACGGAAUCUGUGAUCGGAAACUUUCACGACUACCUCCACUAAACGUAACACUACACGGUUUUCUCCAGUCUUGGAAAUACUUCGCGACAGAAGAAGAGGAACUGAGACAAGAAUUCACUUUUAAGAAACACGUCUCAGCUCGUGCGGACAAACUAAUCAAAGAGAUCCAACAGAACUUCCCCAAUCGGUCGUUAGUGGGCGUUCACGUCAGGCGUGGAGACUUCGUAGGACAAAGCAAUGCCGGCUAUAUUUCACCAGAAGCGACGUAUUAUUUCAAAGCGUUCGACCGAAUGAGGGCAGAACUGGGUCGGGCGACACCUGUGUUGUUUGUGGUGGCCAGCAAUGGUCGUGAUUGGUGCGUUGCCAAUCUGAACGGAAGUGACGUCCAUAUUUUGGAGAACGAAAAGGCGGAGCUUCAUCUCGCACUCUUGGCCCGGACUAGCAAUGCGGUCAUCUCAUCCGGCACCUACAGCUGGUGGGCCGGAUGGCUGACCAAGGGAAAGGUCAUCUACUAUUCUGGAUUUCCCAAACCGGGCACGAGCCUUAGGUAUCAUCUUAAACCAGAAGAUUAUUACCCACCGCACUGGAUAGGAAUUGGUGACUGAAAUAGCUGAACUUACUGCCUAUCCGUCUUUCUUUUAUUACUAUAAUGCCCUGUCAAUAAUAUGACUUGUGUUGCCCAGAGAAGUAGGGGAAUCUACUUUACUAAAUUCUUCCACUUUUUGUUGUCAUUUACAGAGAAGCCAAAAAGUGUAGGUGUUUAAAAGUUUCACUCGUGUCCACUGUUCGGAGAUUCCCAUUGCAAUGCUAUGAAGUUUUUCCGGAAGUCGACAUUUGCUCUGGCUCUGUUCAUAGCCAUUACAGUGCCCCUGGCUUUUUAUC